AAGUAACUACGGUAAGCUACAGUGACAGUAACGCAAAGUCAGGUUGCGCUGUGUGUGAAAGCCGAAACGCACACACCACUAGCCAACCACCAUUACUCAACGCUAGCCAGUUAAAUAGCGAGCCAAAAAAUGCUCUCCAUCACAGCCUCCCGCAUCAAAAGCACCCGUGUCGUCCAGUGCGUAAGGCUGCUACACACCUCUCACAUCGCCAAGAUGCCAAUUCAGGUUGGUGAACAUCUCCCUGCAGUGGAGGUACAGGAGGGGGAGCCAGGAAAUAAGGUGGCGAUGGAUCAGCUCUUUAAGGGGAAGAAAGGAAUCCUCUUUGCUGUACCUGGAGCUUUUACCCCUGGUUGUUCCAAGACUCACCUCCCAGGUUUUGUGCAGCAGGCUGAGGACCUGAAGAGUAAAGGUAUGCAGGAGGUCGCAUGCAUUUCCGUCAAUGACGCAUUUGUCAUGGCUGCGUGGGGAAAGGAGCAUGGAGCAGAUGGCAAGGUUCGAAUGCUGGCUGAUCCUACUGGAGAAUUUACAAAGGCAGUUGACCUGUUACUUGACAGUGAUCAAAUUGUGCAGGUACUUGGGAACAAGCGAUCCAAGAGAUAUUCCAUGUUGGUGGACGAUGGAGUUGUGAAGAUGAUCAAUGUGGAGCCUGAUGGCACCGGGCUGACCUGCAGCCUGGCUUCCAAUAUUCUUUCUGAGCUGUAGGCUUAUUAAGAGCUCUUUAAAACAAACAGCAAACCUUGAGUUACUGUAAAAGUUGCACUAACAAAGCCUAGUACCAAAUCCUUCAAGCUUCCUCCUUUUCCUAAAGAUUGAUGCAAAUGUCACAUGGAUUUUAGUGUCUAAAAACGCACAGCUGGAAGGUUAUUAAUGCGCACAACUAUGACAUGAAUGCCAAUCUAAAGGAACUUGCAUAAACCUCUGUAUACUGUUACUAAAUAAAAUUCACCUUGUAAGCAAUAA